AUGGAUGGAGUUGAGGAAUUUAUGAUAUUUUCAGCUGCCAACUCCAAAACUAAAGGGUUCAUCGUGUGCCCAUGUAAGAAGUGUUGUUUGGGCGUGACAUUGCGGGAAGAUGUUGUGUACGACCAUUUGACAUCAGGAGCAGGGAUUUUGGAGGGUUACACCGAGUGGGUAAUGCAUGGGGAACAAGUUAACCCUUCCGUCAAUAAGGACCCAAUAUUCGAAGGGUCCACUACAAGUCCCACCGAUAGGAUGCCAACACAUGACAAGUCCAGUGGAAUGCAAGCCAUGCUUAGAGAUGUUUUUGCUAUGCACAAUGAUCAACUACAUUAUGGUGGAUUUGACAUGGGUAUCGAAGCAGAAGCUGUAGAGGAAGAUAUUGCGGACUAUGAUGAAAAUGCAAGUAAGUUCUACGCUUUGCUUAAAGAGGACGAUAGGCCACUCCAUGCGAAUACAAAACAUAGCAAAUUGGGGGCUAUUAUAUGUCUAUACAAUUUGAAGUGUAUGGGUGGAUGGAGUAACACACAUUUCUCAUUGUUGCUUGAAUUUAUCAAUGAGUUGCUUCCAACGGAUGCACAUUUGCCUAAUGACACAUACCAGGCAAAAAAGUACCUGAAAGACUUGGGGCUUGAAUAUGAGAAGAUCUCGGCGUGUCGCAAUGAUUGUAUGCUAUUUUGGAAGGAGAAUGAGAAGUUAGACAAAUGUACAAUGUGCAAUAUGUCGAGGUGGAAGGAUAACAUAACUGAUGAAGAUGGUUCAUCCCCAAUAUCAAAAAGAAAGCCGUUUAAGGUGUUGCGGUGGUUUCCUCUGAUACCAAGGUUGCAAAGGUUGUUUAUGUCACAGCAUACUGCGACACACAUGAAAUGGCACGCUGUUGAGCGCACAAAAGAUGGUGUACUAAGGCAUCCAGCCGAUGGUGAAGCAUGGAAAUCUUUCGAUGCACAUUACCCAGACUUCGCCAAAGAUCCACGCAAUGUCAGGCUCGGCUUAUCGUCAGAUGGAUUCAAUCCUUUUGGAAACAUGAGCACUGCUCACAGUACAUGGCUGGUAUUGUUGGUACCGUACAACUUGCCUCCAUGGAUGUGCAUGAAACAACCAUAUUUUAUGUUAUCCUUGAUUAUCCCAGGCCCAAGUUCACCUAGAAUGAAUAUAGAUGUUUCCCUACAGCCCCUCGUAACAGAACUUAACCAACUAUGGGAUGUUGGGGUACAGACUUUUGAUGUAUCCUUAAAAAAAAAGUUUAUGUUGCGUGCAGCAUUGAUGUGGACAAUAAACGACUUACCAGCGUACGGAGAUUUGUCGGGAUGGAGUACGAAAGGAAAAAAGGCUUGUCCUUGUUGUAUGGAUUCAACACGUUCUAUGUGGUUAACUUAUGGUAGAAAACAAUGCUAUAUGGGCCACCGACGAUGGUUACCUGAAGAUCAUAUAUGGAGAAAGAACAAGAGAGCAUUCGAUGGUAUGGAAGAAAUGGGACAUCCAUCUAGUGUGCCAAGUGGUGAUGAGAUAAUGAAACAACUACAAGGUUUUGUAGAGAGGCCAAGGUCAGAGGGUGAGGGUUGGAAGAAGAGAAGUAUAUUCUUCACAUUGCCCUAUUGGAAAGAUAAUGAAUUGCGUCACAACCUUGACGUGAUGCACAUUGAGAAGAAUGUCGUCGAUAAUAUAAUUGGCACGCUGUUGGACAUUAAAGGGAAAACGAAAGACAAUUACGAAGCACAUCAGGAUCUACGAAAAUUGGGUUUGAGAUCAGCACUUCAUCCUUUUACUGCGGAUAACAACAAAACAUAUUUACCUGCAGCGAACUUCACAAUGACAAAAACAGAGAAGUAUGGCUUCCUAAAGGUGAUAAGUGAUGUAAGAGUGCCUGAUGGAUAUGCUUCAAAUGUGUCACGUUGUCUCAAACUUAAAGAAUGUAGUAUUGGGGGUAUGAAAAGCCAUGAUAGCCACAUACUCAUGCAACAACUCAUGCCAAUUGCAUUUCGCGGGUCCUUACCAAAGAAGGUUGUUGGUCCUUAA